UGAAUCCAGAUUUCCAUAAUAUCCAAUAACGCGCUUCGGUGUGCGCAAGCGCAGAGCAGGUAGAUGCGUAUUGAAAACAAGGAAGCUCCAUGUUACAAGGCCUAAAACAGACAACACUCUGCUGUAAUCUCCUCUUAAGACCCAUUUUAGGAAAUAGCAGCGGUUCUACCUCAGACCGGGUGUAAUGUUUUACUUCACUUCUACACUGACGGCUAGUGAGUGAUCCGGAUGAUGGCUGCGGUGUCGUCGACGCUUCUGUAGCCACAUUGACACACUGAAAACAAAGUGUUAGCAGGCUGCUGAGCAGCUGGAUAAGAUGCCUGCUCGUAACCUUGUGUCCAACGGGAUUCCUAACAGCAGAGUUAGGUACUCCAGGCUGGCCGCUGAUGAUGACGGCUACAUUGACUUACAGUUCAAAAAGAGCCCACCCAAAGUCCCAUACAAAGCCAUAGCACUAGCUACGGUCCUCUUCUUAAUCGGCUCUCUGUUAAUCAUCAUUGGCGCCCUUCUCCUGGCUGGAUACUUUGGAGUCACUCCCUCAGACCGAACCGUGCCUGUCCUUAUCAUUGGGAUCCUUGUCUUCCUGCCUGGAAUUUACCACCUACGGAUAGCUUACUAUGCAUCAAAGGGCUACCCAGGGUACUCCUAUGAUGAUAUCCCAGACUUUGAUGACUGACCUACAUCGUAGCUUCAGAGUCUUGCUGGGCUUGCAUGCACUCAUAUAUGGUAUUGCUUGUGCUGAACUGCAGGUAGUGAUACCUUUAAAGAAAAAGAGGUCUAAUCGUCGCCGUGAACUACAAUGUUAUUCUGAUAGAUUUUAAUGCCCACGUAGUUAAUGCCAGUCUGCUGUUAUGAAGCCAUAUCAGUAUCAGAUAUUGUUUGACUUGUAUAUUUGUUGUUUUGUUAGCUUGAUUAAUUAAUAAAACAGUGAUUUGAUGA